CUCCAUCUUCAAUCCUUUUUUUAUUUUACUGCAACGUUUCAUUUCUCCCCCGGGUGGCUGGGAUCGGAAGCAUUAAUUCCCUCCUUUUUGCACCGCUGUUCCUCUGCCAGCAUGGAUAAUUCGAUUCCGAUUCCGAUUCCAGAUGGGAAUAAUCCUUCUUUUUCCUGUUUCCCAAACAACGGAAUUAGUUCAAUUUAAUUGUUAGAUGUCUGCUCCUCCACCUCCUCAUCUUGUUGUGACAGUUGCAACCUCAUUGCCAACUUGUAACCGCACAUUUCCAAAUUUUUCAUCAUCAGAAUCAGAUUCUCUGUCUUCGACAUUUCCACUCAACUCCCUCGCCCUCUCCCCGAGAUGCCUAUUUAGUUCCACCAUGCGAAUUCCCAAGAAACCCGUUGCCUUUUGCCUCUCCCUCUUCUUCCCUGACUUUCCCGCUCCUUUUUCCUCCCGGAUUCUUCGUUUCUCCUCCGGAUUUCCCGCCAAAAUUAAAGCUAUCCACGCUGCAGGGGCUAAUCAGUGGCACGCUCAUUACUCAAUGGACUAUAGCCCUAGUACCGUGUUAGGUGACAAAGCAUCACAGUCUCAUCUCAUGGACAGCAGCAAUGGUGGUGAGAAUCCAUGUGUAUGGUCAUCUCCUGAAGGAGGAUGUAAAAUUGACAUAGGAAAACAAAUUUUCUGCAACAGAUCAUUGAAUAUGAGGAAUAUUGUUGCGGUUGGCUUUGAUAUGGAUUAUACCUUGGCACAGUACAAACCUGAGACUUUUGAGUCCCUUGCAUAUGAAGGCACAACCAGGAAAUUGGUCUAUGAUUUGGGCUAUCCUCAAGAGUUACUGGCAUGGACAUUUGAUUGGAAGUACAUGGUUAGAGGCUUGGUUCUAGACAAAAAGAGAGGCAACAUCUUAAAGAUGGAUCGGCAUAAGUAUGUGAAAGUUGCAUACCAUGGGUUCAGAGAGUUGUCCAAAGAAGAUAAAGUUGGAACCUACGGCAAUACACUCAUACGAGAUUCUUUUGAUGAGCCAGAUUAUGCCCUUAUUGAUACACUCUUUUCACUAGCUGAAGCGUACUUGUUUGCUCAACUUGUUGAUUUUAAGGACAAUAAUCCAGGGAAAGUUCCAGAGGGUGCUGAUUACUCUCGCAUGUACAAAGAUGUUCGGGCUGCUGUUGAUUUGUGCCACCGGGAUGGAACCUUAAAGCAAAUGGUUGCAAAGGAUCCUAAAAGGUAUAUCAACGAGGACACCUCAAUGGUACCUAUGCUCAAAAUGCUAAGAGAUUCUGGCCGUUCGACAUUCUUGGUAACAAAUAGUUUAUGGGACUACACAAAUAUUGUAAUGAAUUUUCUCUGUGCAUCCCGUACAAUGGAUGGUGGCAACACAUGCAAUUUUGAUUGGCUCCAAUAUUUUGAUGUAGUCAUCACUGGCAGUGCAAAACCUGGCUUCUUCCAUGACAACCGUGCCAAUCUUUUUGAGGUUGAACCUGAGUCUGGAAUGCUCCUCAAUACUGACAAUGGAACUCCUAUGCCUCGGGUGGGAAGUACUUCACCAAAUGUGCUACCAAAGGGAUUAAACAAAAGUUGUCGAGUCUUCCAGGGAGGCAGUGUUGGUCAUCUACAUAAGUUGCUCUCCAUAGAGUCAAGUUCACAGGUGCUUUAUGUUGGGGAUCAUAUCUAUGGAGAUAUUUUGCGCAGCAAGAAGGUUCUUGGAUGGAGAACGAUGCUCGUUGUUCCAGAGCUUGAGAGGGAGGUUGAAUUGCUUUGGGAGUCAAGAGAUAUGCGGAAGCAACUGAGGAUGUUGAGGAAUGAACGUGAUCUAAUUGAAGACCAUAUUCAUCAUAUGAAAUGGUCUCUUAAGUUUGAAAGUCUUGAUGAAGAUGAAAAGCAGAAAACGACUUCUGCUGUGCAUGAACUGGAGUCUCAAAAGGAUCAAGUGCGACUUUCUCAUCAGCAGGCUCAGCGGGAGUGUCACCAAAAGUUCCAUAAGAUCUGGGGACAACUCAUGAAGACUGGCUAUCAAAACUCUCGCUUUGCUCAUCAAGUUGAGAGAUUUGCCUGCCUUUACACUAGCCAAGUUUCCAACUUAAGCUUGUAUUCCCCAGACAAAUACUACAGACCAAGUGAAGAUUUCAUGCCACACGAAUUCCAUAUUCUUCCAUUGUGAAAUCUGUUCCCAGCCUGAUAACUGCAGGUGUUGCGUUUCAGAAAGAAGCAAAAUAACUCUUCUUUCGGGAUUUGGACGUGUAAAAGUAAAGCCUCAGCCUCAUCAUUUUCUUCUUGUCCCUCAAUCAAUGGAUUCAAUGUAAUUAGAUUUGCUCAAUUGUAUUCUCACUUGACAGAAAAAAGAUGUUUGUAGCCAGCGAACCUUGAUGGUAGAUAUCUCUUUGAUUGUACACCAGAACUCACCGUGAUCAUAAGUUCGAAAAAUGGUUGCUUCCCUUUGGUGGAAAGUUCACAAAUCACGAAGUGUCCAUUAACUUUUCUAUGCCCAUUCUCGUGUCUGGGUUUGGGUCUAAAAGCCGUCAUAUUUUAGCCUUUGCAAGCUUUGAUACAUAGGAUGCGAAGUGAAACCGCCUGCCAUGAAUCCUUUUAUGCAUAGCCACCAGAAUAUUAUCAAAGGAUAAACAAAUAAAAGUACCUCACAAGACCAAGCAUCCGCCUUGGAGCCAUUGUACCCUUUCUUCUAAACCACCUCUGGAGAUUUAGAAGCCUGUGGUUUAAUUGUUCAGAGAGAAAUGAGACAUCAAAAGCCUGAAACUUAGAGAUUACCGCAAUUUUGCCCUAAUAAAAGGUUUCGUGUCU